AGUGGAGUUCGUAUUGGUAUUUAUCUUCGACAAGUAUUUUUUUUCUAUUCGACAGCCAGCGUAUUUUACGACUGUCUUGGAUAAAGCGUGUUUGAAUUUGUAUCGUUAGUGCCAUAUGUACUGGAACAACGGUGAUCAAUAUGUGGGUGAAGCCACAAGAAGUUCUACUGGCAAAUGCUCUCUGGGUAACAGAGCAGGCAACUGUAUACUUUGUUUUACAACGUCGUAAGGGGCAUGGAAAAACAAGAGGUCUUAGUUCUAUAUUGGUAGGAACAAUGGAUAGUGUCUUUGACACUAAACCCCCACCUUUCAGAAUACUUCAUCAAACACCAUCAUCAGAAGUUUAUUGGGAAAUUGCCUGUUCCUUGACACAUGAAGAAAUCUUGCAAAAUUGGGAAUGGCUUCACUCCAAUCUGAUGGAUACUUUAACAUCAUUUGAUACAGAAGAAGAAAUAACUGAAUUUGUUUGUUGCAAAAUACAAUCAAUUAUUGCAAGCAAUGUUCCAGAUUGUCAAUUUGUAGAUGAAGAAGAUCCAGAAUCAUUUAAAACUGUGUCUUUCAAAUUUCAUCAACUUUUUAAUAUACCAAAAGAAGAUAAAUUGGUCAAUUAUUAUUCUUGCAGUUAUUGGAAAUCUCGUUUACCUAGACAAGGAUGGUUAUAUUUGUCUAUAAACCAUAUGUGUUUUUAUGCCUAUAUUUUGGCAAGAGAAACAAAAUUAAUUAUAAGAUGGGCAGAUAUUACUGAAUUGGGUAAAACCAAUUCCAUUCUGUUUCCUGACAGCAUACGUGUUGUAACAAGAGAUAAUAAAGAGCAUUAUUUCUCAAUGUUUCUUCACAAAUCUGAAACGUAUGCAUUAAUGGAACAACUUACAAAUAUUGCUAUGAAAAGGCUUAUAGAUGAAAAAAGUGGAUUCAAUGAAGACAGAGAACUCUUGAGUAAAUUAAGCAAGAAUGUACCUAAAAAACCGUCUUUCCUAAAAAGAGAUCUUGAUGCGCGAGCACACUCUGAAGCUUACAGACUACAGUUCAGAUUACCAGGAAAUGAAAAAUUGGAUGGUAGUAUUGAUGUUACUCUAUGGACACCAUACAAUAAAAAAUAUGUACGGGGAAAGAUAUUUUUGUCUCAAAAUUACCUUUGUUUUGGAAGUAAGGUAAACGGAUUGGUAAGUUUAGUUAUACCAUUGAGGGAAGUAAGGCUCGUAGAAGCUGCUGAAAAUCAAUCCAGUACAGGAAUAGAUAAAUCCAUUUUAGUAACAACUGUACGACAUUCGUCAUUUUUAUUUGCUCAGAUUCACGACCGAGAUUUUGUUGUUCAAAAGAUAUCUGAACUAUUAGCAAAAUCUAAACUAUUGUCUUUGAGUAUAGAUAGUUUAUAUUCCCACAACACAUUGCCUCACAAGGAUAGUAAUUGUGAUGACGUUAAACCCGUUACUCAGUGGAAAUCUCAACCGCCAUUAAUGACUUUAUUUAAAGCUCCAUUAAGUAGCGAAGCGACAUUAAUUCAAGAAGCUAAAGAGAAACAGUGGGAGCUACAUUUUGCUGAGUAUGGAAGAGGUAUCACAAUGUACAGAACAACAGAGACAGCAAAGCUGAUAAUUCAGGGUUUACCGCAAACACUCAGGGGAGAAGUUUGGCUUACGUUUUCUGGUGCUUUGAACGAAAUGGUAAUGAAUCCUGGUCUUUAUAAGUCUUUAGUUGAUCAAGCAUUAGGUAAAUCUUCCCAAGCAAACGAGGAAAUUGAAAGAGAUUUACAUAGAUCAUUACCCGAACACCCAGCAUUUCAAUCCGAUACUGGUAUUAGCGCAUUAAGAAGAGUUCUUUCCGCGUAUGCUUGGAAAAAUCCACAAAUUGGUUAUUGUCAGGCAAUGAAUAUAGUAGCUUCGGUUCUAUUAAUCUAUUGCUCGGAAGAAUCUGCCUUCUGGCAGUUAUGUAAUGUAUGUGAAUCGUUGUUACCCGAUUAUUACGACAGAAGAGUAGUGGGUGCUCUUGUUGAUCAAGGUCUUUUAGAGGAGCUAGCUGCUGAGUACUUAUCAACCUUACACGCUAGAUUACAAGAACUUGGUCUCAUUAAAGUUAUAUCACUUUCAUGGUUCUUAACGAUAUUUUUAAGCGUUAUGCCAACCAGUAGCGCAGUAAAUAUAAUGGAUUGCUUUUUCUAUGACGGAGCAAAAGUAAUUUUCCAGAUAGCAUUAACAGUACUGGAAUGGAAUCAAGAUAAAUUGCUUAAUUGUCGCGACGAUGGCGAAGCAAUGCAGUUAUUAACAGAUUAUCUUGGAGGUGUGUACAAUGAUGAGGGACCUGUACUCCAUAGGCCAGUUGACAGUGGUACUCCUAACAGAAGUAUAUCUGUUCAGACUUUAAUAUACGAAGCGUAUUCAAGAUACGGAUCAUUGACUAUUGGUAGAAUAGAAAGGCUUCGUUUGAAACACAGACUUAGAGUAGUUCAGAGUCUCGAAGAUGGUAUUGAGAAAAACGUAAUUAGAAGUGUAAUUGUUGAUAAAUACAUGACAAUGGAAGAAUUACAGGAUUUGCUAAAUUUAGUAAGGGAGGAAUUAAUGAGUCAGCGAAAAUCCGAACCUGAUCGCUACGAUCCGACGCAGCCGCCAUAUGAAGCGUAUAAAAUAGAUUUUGAAUUGUUUAGAAUAUUAUUCGGUGGUUUAUCUCCAUGGGGGAAAUGCAGUCAAGCUGAAUCUCUUUCUGCCCGGUUAUUUCGUUUAAUGGAUCGUAAUCGCGAUGGUCUGUUAAACUUUCGGGAAUUAGUACAAGCUCUUGGAAUGACGGCUACCGCCGAUUUAACGCAGAGAUUAAAACUUUUGUAUACUCUACACUUACCACCAUUAUUGACACCUAUUGAUUUCGAAUCGCCAAUACAUUCUGAUGGAGCAGAAGUAGCAGCAGAAGCCACGGAUUUCUUUGACAGUAUGGAACAAAGUGUGGCGUCCUUAGAGAUGCCAAUUAGCAUAGCAGAAGAACCAACUAUGAGCACUUUGUCUCGGUCAACGAGUUUAAACAGCCAACAAGGAGAUCAAUCAUGGGAAGUUCAAAGUAUGGGUAGCUUACGUUCUAUGAUAGCGUCUAAAGACAGUCCGUUGGAUCUUAAAACCGUGCCAAAAAUGUCUCAGGGACAUUUUAUAUCGUUAUGGAAAACUCUUUAUGAUCUGUUUCCGGCACAGCCGGAGGAACAAGAAACUUAUCAUUGUAUAGCUAUAAUAGGUACGCUUUUGCUUCAAUUAGGUGAUGUCGGCAAAAAGUUUUAUGUCGAUCGUGACGAGUCUGAAGAUAGUUUGCUUUUAGCUGCUACUGCUGCUCAACCAGCAUCUUCGAUUGUUGAACGAUCACCCGAUCGCAAUGGAAAUCCAUCAAGCGCAACUUCAUCCGCCGAUCCCGAUUGGUCAAUAAGUGUUGAACAGUUCCUGGCAUCUGCUUUAACAGGUCAAGCUAUAGUAGAUUUUUUUAGUAAAAGGGCAGAUCUUAUCGAAGCUAUUGCAACCCUUAAAAAUCGUCGAUUUGAUCGUGUUCAUUCCUUAUCGGACACUCCCGUGUUAAAUAUAUGAUACACAUAUUCUUCUGUGUAUAAAAAUAGCGUAAGAUAUAUAUAAAAUUUGUAAAGUGAUAGAUUGCCUUGGAUAAUUGACCAGCAAUUUCAUUUCUUAAGGAAAUUUUUACAUUCACAGCUAAUCGGCUAAACAAAUCUUAGUUUGAAUGAUAGGUUGAUAAUGCGAAAGAAGUUUUUGUAACGGAAUAAUAGCAAAAGUAAAUCAGAAGAAUAGUAACUCGACGCGGAGAUUCAAAUAAUUUCUAAAUUUCACAAAAUAUCACUCUUAUAUCUUUCACUUAUCUUAAAAUGACAUUAUGUAUCGAAAACGUCCAGUUCUUUAAGCUUACAAUAUUCCUUUUUAGUAAGCGUAUCUAUUAAUACUAUAUAUACCGAUUUAUUAUGUAGACAAAACAUGAUGUGAUUAAGAGGUACAUGUCUCUUUUUUUAAAUAUCAUUAAUCUUUGAAUACAUAUAAAUUCAUUGGCCUACUACUACAGUGAUGUAUUCAUUAAAAUUGGAAGAAUGAAUUAUGCAAUAGAGUGUACUCAGGGUGAAUACUUUAAAUGCAGUUCCAUUUACCGUUUAAGAUAUUUCAUGCGUGAAAAGCAAGUUCCCAAGCAGUUGACAUUAAUAUAUAAAGAAAAUAUUUUUUAAAACUAAAUUGUCGAAUAUUUAUUAUAUACAAUACUUUCCUAACUAUUACGUCAAUAACAUAUGCACAAAAUUACAUACCAUCAGUUAAUAGACAUAUUGCUUAAUCUUGUAUGUUUAUCUUGUAUACUCGAGUACCAUAAAUCUAAACAGUACAAUUUUCAUAAAAAAACUUUGCCAAAAUUAUUAUAACAAUACAUUGCUUGGCUGUCAGCAGCUAUAGUAAUAAUUCGUGUACAACAAAACAGGAUUUUAAAACAAUAUAAUAGAUCGAGAUUGUAUGCAAUACUAGGCAUUUGCUUAAAAUAUUUAAUAACUUGUACUAGUCUAUAGAAGUGAAAGUGUUAUGAAAUGCAUGUAUGAUGCCAAGGCCAAAAUUAAAUACGUGUUUUAAUAUA